AUGAGUUGCAAUGGUUGCCGUGUGCUCCGGAAAGGCUGCAGCGAGAAUUGUAUUCUCCGGCCAUGUAUUCAGUGGAUUGAAACCGCCGAUGCUCAAGGUCACGCAACCGUCUUCGUCGCUAAAUUCUUCGGCCGUGCCGGUCUCAUGUCCUUUAUCUCCGCCGUACCGGAAUCUCAACGUCCCGCUCUGUUUCAGUCUUUGCUUUACGAAGCUUGUGGAAGAACAGUGAACCCUGUAAACGGAGCAAUCGGAAUGUUAUGGACUGGGAAUUGGAAUAUAUGUCAAGCGGCGGUUGAAACGGUGCUUCGCGGCGGUUCUCUGAGACCAAUUCCGGAGAUCUCAGGCGGCGGAUUCGCUGGGUUUCCGUCGGCUACAUCUGAAGAAGUAUCUGAGAUCUGUACUGAAAUGUUGAAUCUCCAGAAGAAUAAUUCAACGGAUCGUAACAUAUACCAUCAUUCACGGUUUUCAAGCUCUAGAUCUAGAUCUACGACGCAUGAUUCUUCUUCUCCGACGAAGCGGAAACGAUUAGUUGCAACGGAAGAACCGUCUUCGGAGCUUGAUCUAUCUCUGAUCAAUACUUUUCCGAUUAUAACAAGUCCUCCUUCCACACGACGGAGAUCAGGAACACCGUCGAUGAACUCAGAGGAAUCUGUAACGACGACUACUACGACGUCGUUUUGGGACAAUACUGCAACGGGUGAUCUGUACGGAAACGGAGGAGGAGAGAGUAGCAAGCUGCUUAACCUUUUUGUUUAA